GACUGACAUGGCUUCUGUUCCUUCCAUUUGUAGGAAGGGGGGUCGAGUUGGGCUCAACAUGAACCUGCGGCUCUGACACUCCGGGCUGGGACAAGCAGGCAGCAGCCGGCCGGCCGCCCCCCGAGCAGCAGUCACACAGGGGUACCUGCCUGCAACGCUUUGAACAUCAGCAACAAGUUUUUACCUGGGUGCUAAAGCACUCAUGGCUGUCGCUUAUGGUGCCCAGCUGGGCCUGCUUUCCCAGCAGUACCCCCCGCCCCUGUUUCCCAAGCCUGGAAAGGACAAUGUCCGACUUCAGAAACUCCUGAAGAGAAACGCUAAGAAAAAGGCUUCCGCUCAGGCAUUGCAGUCUGCCGCGCCUUUCCGCUCCAGCCUUUCCCCUGUAAAUGAAGCAAGCCCUGACCUUGAGCACAGUGACCACUCCACCCCUCCGAAGACUCCAGAGACACCAUUCAGCCUCUAUAGCAACCAGCAGCCUCCACGGUUCAGUGUCAGGCCACUGUACCAACAUGUGGCAUCCCCUUACCCACAGCGUGCAGCUUAUGGCAGAGCAACAAGGUUCUCACCUCAGACAGUGGCAAUGCCAUCAUACUCUUACUCACAGCAUGUUACCACAGUUUCUUCAUAUGCUGCACCGGCACACCUUUCUGAUGUCUCACCAGCUCAUGUGCCCAAAAUAUCUCUGCCAGCCUUUGAAGCAACAGUAUCAGAUGCUGAAGUGAAAAAGCCUGCUUUUAGCACAUUUGCUGAAACUCCUGGUGGACUUAGACCUGUUGCAUCUGUAGGUCCGACUCCUUACUCAGCAACAGGGGGGCAAGCUUUCAUUCGUCCUCUCAUUGUGUUGACCCCAGUCGUCAAGUCCAGAAGUCCACGUCCAACAUUCAAAGCAACAGAACCUUCAAGAUCACCAAAACCAAUGUUUGAUGUCCCUAAAAUUAGGUUGUACACGGCGAGCACAUCUUACUAUGAGACAUCCAGGACUCCACCGGUGUAUGACUCAGCUGGAUUAACUGCUAUUGGCAGCACAGUAACUCAAAGUAAAACAACAGAAACAAAACAAGAUUUGACUCAGCCUCCUUUAUUGAGAACAGAUCCCCAAAGAAAAACACCAACUUCAGAAACUCAAAAAGGAACUAUACUAACCGCAGAGAUUAAAAUCACAACUGCUGCAUCUGAAGUCAAAAGAGCAACCCCAACAUCUGAAAUCAUAACAGCCGCUUCAACAGCUGAAAUCAAAAGGGCUACUCCAACAGCUGAAAUCAAAAGGGCCACUCCAACAGCUGAAAUCAAAAUGGCCCCUCCAACAUCUGAAAUCAAAAGUGCUACUCCAACAGCUGAAAUCAAAAGGGCCACUCCAACAGCUGAAAUCAAAAUGGCCCCUCCAACAUCUGAAAUCAAAAGAGCUACUCCAACAGCUGAAAUCAAAAGGGCCACUCCAACAGCUGAAAUGCGACCAACCUAUGAGUCCCAACCAUUAAGAACUUCAGCAGGACGGCCUAAAACCCCGGCAUACCAUAAGGCUCGGGCUGCAACACCUGUAUUUGAAAUCUCAAGACCCAAUCCUCUCUUGUUUGCAGUGUCACCAAUCACAGUAGAACCAGAGAGGUCAAGAACACCCAAAAUGGUCUCUGCUGCUGGCAGUUCAUCUGCUUCCCAAAGUGUUAUCACUACUGAGUCUAAGACUACUGAAACAAUACUGAAUGGGGACAUUCAUUUAGACAUGACACCUGCAGCUAAACCAAUUCAACAAAGUAUUUCAAAGUCGAAAUCAGAGCCUGAUCUAACAAAAGAAAAAAUCCACAUUACUCCAGCUGGAUCUCAAAGGCUCUCUAAAACUCCUACAUCUGAGCCAACAACACCAGCAGUGACUUCUCAUGGGUACCAGAGGCCUAAGACUCCAACAUAUGAGGCAUCCAGACUUAUGUCCACCUUACCUGGCUAUAAAAGACCAAGGACACCUACAUAUGGGACAUCACCUUCUGGUGUAUCACCUGUAUCCUUCCAGAGACCUAAAACUCCAACCCAAGUGGCUCAGAAAUCAAGGUCUGGCUAUCGUGGAUUGACACCAGCAGAAUAUGCUGCUUAUGGUGGAAUAAAAACGUACUCUCCAGCGUUUGGUAUCUCUAAGACACAAGUUGAAGAGGAGGUAAUAGCUACAAAAGAGGAAUCAACAGAAUGUAAAAUACCUAGCCAAGAACCAUCUCUGAAGGGACAAUCUACAGCCGAGGUGUCUAAAGACAAAGAAACACCCAAGGGCAUAGAUAAACUCCAUGUGAGAGAUGAGAAGGUUUCUGCCACCCCUUCUGUCCCUAUUAUUAUUGUUUCACAAGCAUCUGACACCUCAGGACCAACAUUAACACACAAAACGAGUAUGGUAUCCAGUCAGGUUGUGGUAAAACAAGAAAAAACUCUUAUUCAAGAAACACCAAUGGCUAAACCUCCAACAGUUGUGGAGAAAACUCCUGAGAAACAGAAGGUGGAAACACUAGUUCAGGAAGUCAUCAAAUCAGACACAAAAACUCCUGAAGCCAAACAUCCUCUGCCCAAAGGUGAUGACCAGGAUCCCCUGACGGCAGUAAGAAAACUAUUAGGCAAAACUAAAGUCCAGACGGCUGAGCAGAAAUCAGCAACAUCAUCAACUGAAACAAAAGCUGUCUCAGAUCAAAAAGAGCCUGCAAAACCUGGAGCUGUCACCAAGACUAAAGCUGAAGGCUCAAAGCCAAGCACUGCAGCGCCUGCUUUGCCUGUUAAGGCAUCUGCUGCUGAGCCAGCAGGAAGUGAAGACAAAGGAAAAGAUAAGAAAUCAGAAUCUGCUUUGGUAUCUGAGAAAAAGGAAGGCGAUGAAUCCCUAUCAGCAGCUGAGUCGGCUCUUAAAGUCAUGCAAAAGCCAAUGGGGAUGAAAUCUAAAUUGAGUGGUUGGUCCAGACUCAAGAAGCACAUGGUGGUGGAGCAGGAGGAGCCCAAAUUUCCAGAGUUAGGCACUCAGAAAGAAGCCACUGAGAACGCCCAGAGUGUGGCAAACAAGGCAGACGAGAAGGCCAGUGACAAGCCUGGCACUCAGGACGAGAACCAAACCAAAGACGCUCCCAAGGCAACAAAGAUGUGGGAUGCUGUCCUCUUCCAAAUGUUUUCCACUAAAGAAAAUAUCAUACACCAGAUUGAGUUAAAGAAAAGCGAGGGGGGAGGGGAGGAGGAAGGCACGAAGGACGAGCUGAAAGAGAUACCUUCUUUUGCGUUCCGGCUACCUGUGCUGCUCUUCAGUCCAAAGUUUGAUGCGAAAAAGCUUAAAGAGGCAGCCUCGAGACCAGUGACGAAAAUUUCAACAGUAUUUGAAAUGGGUUUGAUUGGGCGGAAAGGUAAAGACGAGGAACCAAAAGACUUUAACAGAAAGGCAAGGGCGUUCACUGCUACUUAAGCUAAUAUAUAAUAUGAAGUGCCAAGACGGAAAUGUAAAAAAAGAAGUCAUGAUAUAUGUUUAAUGUACAGGUGCAGGAAUUUUAGCAACAGAAAUAAUGUACAGGUCUGGAAUCUUAGUCUUUGUGUUCAACGAAUGUAGUUUGUGUUGUAGAAAACUCAGUCUGAACUUUAUACUUGACAAAUGCUUUGUGAUGAAUUUAUGUGACUGGUUGUCUGGAUGUUAAAUGUUUGUAUCUGUGGAUUAGCUGGAAAGAGAGAGCUGUAUUUGUCUUAAAGUCAUUCAGACGUCACAUCAGAUUAAAGCGUUUAUGUCCUACGUAAUGACAGAGCUUCUCAUUUGUUCCUUUCAUCACAUGUUCAUAAUAAAUAUAGAUUAAAUGUUGCUAGAAGUAAUGAAUUUGAAAACAUUUGGUUAUUGUAAAGAAGUUCACUCACAGUAGUUCACUCAAGAUUUAGAUCUUAUUUAUGCUAAAAAGCUGUUUUUUUUAAUAAAUAAGGAUACAUCUAGUAAAUGACUGACAGAUAUUUCAUAAAAAAUAUCUGUAUUAUUAUGGACAAAAACAAGUUUUCAAACUUAAUGAUUUUAAGACAAAUCUUUUGUGAAAAUUCUGUUUUUCUUUAACGUUUCAAAUAUCCAGUUUUAUUCAAGAUGGUGCUACUUGCCUCAGGGUAAGACCUCUAAUUAGAUAGUACAUAUGUAUGUAGUAUAACAGGAUCUUUUAGAGUUGUAGAUCGUUUUAUGAUUGAGAUUUCUUAAAGUCACAAUGAAACAACAUUUUAAGUGCAUUUUAAUUUGGCCUCCUUUAUGUUCAAACAUGUGGGAUAUAAUACAGUUAAAAGAAAACACGAAUGGCAUGUCAUUAAGCCACAAAGACAGUUUGAUUGGAUAGGAGGAGGACAAGUAGAUGACAGGAAAAUAUGAGUGUUAUUUAUUGUUUAAUGUAUUGUCAAAAAGUAAAGAGUGACUAUAAGAUGAAUAUAUAAAUGUGCAAUAUAUUAGCGAUAUAUUAGUGAGUUUUAGUCUUUUUUACACAUCUUAAAGCCUCAAAAUGUUUCCUCUUUUCAUCUGCAUCUCCUCCUUUGUGAUUCUGCGGUUCUCAUGAAAUAAAAGAAGACAGUCCAAGAUAGAUAACAAAUAUUUAUAAAGGUCCAGUGUGUCAGAUUCCACCAAUGUUGGACCACCAUGUUUCUACAGUAGCCCAGAAUGGACAAACUAAACACUGGCUCUGAAUAGGGCAUUUUGUGUUUUUCGUACAUUUUGUGGCGACUGUUUCUCGUUUGCGCUAGCAAGGAGAGAAUAAGGCGAGGUGGUUGCAACCAGCAACUACACCAUUAGAUGCCACUAAAUAUUACACACUGGUCCCUUAAGUAGAAGCAGUAAUUCAUGUAUUCAGUAUUUCAUCUCUUGCAUUAUUAUAGUAACUCGGACACAGCUAAGGUAAAGAUGUGACCUGCAUAUUGCUCCAAUUUAAAAAUAGCUCAAAUAAACAAUUAGUUGCUAACGAAAUGUUUGAUUUCACUGUGACUUAAAGAAGGCCGCUGAGCUAAAAGCUAGUGUACGUUGUUAGAGAAGAGCAAAGAAGAGCAGCCUCCGUUAUGAUGGAGGUCAGUGGGUUCAUAGGUCAAGAGACAUAGAUGGGUUUUAGUUGACUGUGAUGGAGGGCGGCCAAACUACACUUCAUUCUUUCUAGUUUUAUUUUUGAAUGUUUGUUUUCUAUUCUUCUUUAUAAUGAUUUCAAAUGUGUGUGCUGGAGUUACUGGAGUGGUUUUAAAAAAUGUUAAACCUCAGCGGGAAGAUUUUCUGUGAUUCUCCUCUCUGAGGGAAUCAAAACCUGAUGACACUUUCAAAAUAAAUACACAGAACUUCUUUCAUUGA